AUGUCUCGCCACAAGCUAGUAAAGAACCUCGAUCUCGACGACGAGCUCGACGAUUUUGAUGGGGACGAUUAUGAGGAAGCGGAAGCGGAAGAAUUCAGCGAAGAAGACAAACAACUCCUACAAGCGGGCUCUGUCGCCGUACGCGCCGAGCUCCCACCGGAUAUUACGAGUCAGAUUAGCGAUAAACAGAUCACGGACGCGCUGUGGCAUUAUUAUUACGAUGUAGAGAAGAGUGUGAGCUAUCUGGUGGGGACUGUUAAAAAGGAGAGUGUGAAGAAGGAACCGAAAGUGCAAGGUGUACCAUGCUCGAGACCUUUCUCGUUUGCAGACUUCUUUAAGGAUACACCGUGGUUCAACGUUCCUGCCGAUCGACAGUCUGUUCUCGUUGCACCUCUAUGUCCUCGAGGUGGUCUUUUGGGUGGUUCGUCGUCUGAUGGAGCACCAAAGAUGUCGAAGUUACAGGCAUUGGCUGCGGCCCGAAAGAAAAAGGCGCAGGAAAAAUCGGGAAGUGCGGAUAGCGGGGUUGAAAAGCCUAUGGCUGAUCUGAAAAUCGAUGGGGAUACAAAGAUGGUGGACGCUCCGGAGAAACAUGCAUCUCGUGGAUUUCCUUUACGAAAACGCAAGGAUACAAAUGAGCACGAGAAAGUCCCAAAGGCUGCCCUUACCCAAAAAGAACCAGGGCCAAGGACAUCUACACCCCCAGAAGAGCCACCCCAACAAGCAGAGCCCUCCGCCUUCGCCAAUACCAUGUUCAGCAGCCCCCCUCAACAACCCCACAGACCUUCAGAAGACCUCUUCACGCUUCCCUACACUGCGAGUAGUGCUUCAGCAGCCUCUAACCCCUUCUCAGGACCCAGCCCAGAUGAUAUAGUUAUCGCGGCGCAGUCGAAAGCAGCCAAUAAGCCCAGUAAGGGACCAGUCAAAACUAAUGGAGAGAAGAGAGCAGACCAGAUUGCGCAGGGCGUAGAGGCAAUGAAAAUUGAUGAUACACCGAGGGCGAAGAGCAAAAAUCUGGAUGUUCUGGCCGAGUAUGAGAAGGCGAAGACGAAGAAUGCGGCGAAUUUUGUGGUUAUUGGUCAUGUUGAUGCUGGGAAAAGUACUUUGAUGGGCCGGCUAUUAUAUGACCUGAAGGUUGUAGAUCAACGGACGAUAGAUCGAUAUCGAAAAGAGGCCGAGAAGAUGGGAAAGUCGUCUUUUGCGCUGGCAUGGGUACUAGAUCAAGGAUCUGAAGAAAGAGCUCGUGGCGUUACAAUCGAUAUCGCCACCAACAAAUUCGAGACCGAUAAAACGACUUUUACUAUUCUGGACGCCCCAGGACAUAGAGAUUUUAUCCCCAACAUGAUAGCAGGAGCAAGUCAAGCAGAUUUCGCAGUGCUAGUCAUUGACGCCAACACCGGCUCCUUUGAAUCAGGUCUCAAGGGCCAGACAAAAGAACACGCAUUGUUAGUAAGAAGCAUGGGCGUGCAACGUAUAAUAAUCGUCGUCAACAAACUCGACACAGUGGCAUGGUCUGAAGAUCGCUUCACCGAAAUCGCAACCCAAGUUUCCGCAUUUCUCACCACGGCCGGUUUUCUCCCCAAAAACAUUUCUUUCAUCCCCACCUCCGGCCUACAUGGCGAUAAUAUCGCGCGGCGCUCUACAGAACCAGAAGCAGCUUGGUAUAAAGGGCCUACAUUAGUCGAAGAACUAGAUAACUCGGAGCCCAUCACGCGCGCACUGUCCAAACCCCUCAGACUGACAGUCGGCGAUAUCUUCCGUGGCGGUGUCCAGAAUCCCAUCUCCAUAUCCGGCCGUAUUGAGUCUGGCUCCCUCCAGGUUGGCGAUGCAUUGCUCGCUCAACCAGCCGGCCAAAAAUGCUUUAUCAAGGCUCUAGACAUUGAUUCUGAGCCAUCAGAUUGGGCGGUAGCAGGUCAAAACGUAACGCUUCAUCUUGGCCCUCACGACAUUGAUCAACAUUUGAAAGUAGGGGAUGUGUUAUGUAGCCCGAAAGAACCGAUUGUGAAUGUGAGGGAGUUUACGGCAAAGGUGUUGGCGUUUGAGUUCUUGACGCCAAUGGGUGUUGAUGUGCAUCGGGGACGUCUGCAUACACCGGGGAGGAUUAGAGAGAUUGUAGCGGUGCUGGAUAAGGGGACUGGGAUGCCGGUGGGGAAGAAGAAGCCGCGGAUUGUGAAGCCGGGACAGGUGGCGAGGGUUGUAGUGGAGCUUGAUGGUGAGGGGGGGGUGCCACUUGAGGCUCCGGGACGGGUGGUUCUAAGGGGAAAUGGGGAGACGGUUGCUGCUGGGUUGUUGGAAUAG